GUAAACUUAUUCGAAUAAAGUAUUUUUGCACAAAAAGAUCCAGAAAAAUAUUUAAAAUCUAGGUAAUAAUAAAGACUUAUUAAUAUGUCAGCCCGUAGAAAAUCAGCAGUAGGCUUAGGUGCAUCAAAUAAUAUAAAAACAAAGCCAACAUCAAUGAAUUUCAAUAAUUUCAACAUCAAAAACGAAGCUUUACGUGGAGAAACUAAAGGAACAAAACCUGCGACAAAUCCUUCAUCCAUAAAGGAAGUGCUUACAAUGAUGAUUUUGCAUGUAUGCAAAAAAAUCAUCUUCUUUGAUACUAGACUUAAAGUUGGACUUUAUAUCAUGGCUUUGUUUCUAAUCUCACUUAUUGGAGACUUUGCACCUUUUCCGAAAACGUACUUCUCAAGAUCCGACAAUCUAUUCAAUGUUUACUUUGUUAAAAUUGGCUGGUUCUGGACUCUAAUUACGUCAGUUCCAUUUUUAUUUUUUACAAGCUCAGUUUUAAAUUGCGGCAAUCGAGAUAAAGUACUUAAGCAUCAUCUGCCGAGAAUUGCUGUAGCUACAUUCUUUUGGUUCUUCUGGACUAAAUUGUUUAAUGUAAUAGAAAACUCUUUUGGACGAUGCAAUAAUAGAAUGUAUGACACAAAACAAGGAUGUCUUAAAGCAGGUGCUUUCUGGGGUGGAUUUGACAUAUCUGGACAUGUUUUUAUAUUAAUCUACUCAUCACUCGUAUUAAUUGAAGAAAGUCGACCAAUUGUUGGAUGGGAAUAUAUUAAAGAACAUUUAAGAAUGGAAGAGCAUAAAAGGAAAAAUCCACAAGAUAGUUCGCCGUCUUCGAAUCCAUUGAAAAGUCUCGAUACUAAUGAGUUAAGUACAUUAAAAGUUUUGUAUGAGAAAUACACACCAAGUAUCAGACUGAUGUUUGUUGUAAUCGUGGUUUUGCAAUUAUUAUGGGACAUUAUGCUUGUGACAACAAUGUUAUAUUAUCACCGAAUGGUUGAAAAAGUUAUUGCUGGAUUUAUAGCAAUUUGUACGUGGUAUUUUACGUAUAAAUCAUGGUAUCCAUCGAAUGUUAUUGAAUGGCCAGAAGCACCGGGAAAAUGUUCCUUUAAAUAUCAACAAAAAGCACCGUCUGUAUAUAGUACAUCAACAAAUUUAGCUAGACGGACAAGCUUAAUUAAUUCUAAAGCAAAUAAAUCGAAUUCGGAUAUACCAAAGUUCAUGGGCAAUCCUAUUUAUAAGUCAGCAGCACAAAGAAGUGAAUUAAACGCAAACGACUUGCUUCCACCGCGUGAAGGGAAAUACGAUUUUCAACAACCAUCUCCCAAAUUCAUUUAAAUCUUAAUCUUCAUUUUAUCUUGGGUUCUUUAUUUUGCUAACUUAGCCAAAGGUUUAAUUUAUUUUACAUUUUCUCAUUGGACUUAAUUUAUUAAUUGCGGGAUAGUCUUCGGUAUCAUGACAUGCAUUUAAAUGCAUCCACCAUAUUCGUUUAUUUUCUGACUCCCAUACUCAACAAUCGUAGAAUUUAAUAUUGUUAUCAUUUUGUUGUGGUGCUGUAUAUUGUGAUUUUGUAAGUGCCUUAAUUGGAAUAAAAAAAAAUGAAUUCAA